CUUGUCUUUCUCUCCUUCAUUCUUUCAUUUACCCUCCCUUUCAAUUCUUAUAUUUUACACAAGUCUAACACUGUAUUUUUGUUGAUCCUUUUGUCGAUUGUCCCGUAUUUCAUUUUGUGAAAUCUGGUCACCCUGAGUGCAAGUGAACUCUUCAUAUAUAUGGGCUUGAAAAUUAGGUUCGGCCUUACUUCCUCACAAAAAAUCAGUAGUCAUUUCUAGUCAAACCUAACUAGGAUUAAGAAGAAAAAAAUGAAGCGACCCUUCUAUAAGGAUAGCAGGUGAUCAAUCCCCCUCCCCCCCAAAAAAAAAAUAAAAAUUAAUGUUUGCAUUGAUUAUGAUCCCUUUUUCAUUGAGACUAGUUAUGAUAAUAAAUGCAUACUUCUUUAACAAGUUAACUAUCAGCCAAUCAAAAUUAAUGAUCUCCGUUGCUUCAGAUUGUUAUUGCAAAUUUGUUGUUCUAACAGGCUUAUUAUGUAACAUUGGGAUACUGAUCAGUGACCGCUCGUGAUUUGCCGUAAGUUUGCGCCACUGAUCUCUCCCCUAUUACAUGUAUUAGGGGAGAGAUCAGUGGUUUGCGCGCACAAAUAGCUUUCCAUACUUCCCUUAUACUGUACGCUUAACAAUACAAACCAAAAAGGGAAAAAUCUAAAAUUGCAUGCUGGUGGUUACUCCACCGACUGUUGUAUUCCGAUAGGCGUGCCAAUUUCCAUUUUUUCUCAAUCCGACAAGAAACUUAUUAGUAUAAACGCAGAUCUUUGCAAUUUUUCCAAUGUAUUCAUCGGAGAUCGUUUUUGGAUAAUCUUGAUAACUUCACUUCGGCUUCCAAGUAAAGUGAUGUCACCAUGCCUCUGCCAAAGAUAGAUGAAUAUUCAGAUGUCCAGGUUUACUUCACAGCCAAUGAAUGGGCAGAUAUCAGCGAUUACGAGAGGAUUUGUAUCCAGAAUGUCAAGGAAAACUAUGAGAUGAUGAUAGAAGUUGGGGUACAGGUCAACCCACCAAUGUUCAUGCAACGUCAGCAGAGAUUACAGACAGAGAUAAUUGAGGAAGGUGAGGAUAAGGGGGCAGAGACAAGAGGAUCUUCCGAUGUUCAUGAUCCCAAUCCAUGUCUUAUAGAGAAGAAUGAAUUACACAAAGAGAAUUUGAAUACAUUCACUAUAAAAGUAGAGGCCGAGUAUGACGAUGAUGGCAAUCUGCUAGGUGAGGCUAAUCCCAAUGCAGAAGGGAAAAUUACUGAUCCGGAAUGGAAGAACUAUGAUCAAAUUACCCUGACACAAACCGAUCCAAUAUUAUCAGGUGAUCAGAGGACCAAGUCAGGGGAUCUUGUCUCUCCGUCAUGUGAUCAGAAGGCAGAAAUAUGUGAGGCUAAUCACAAUGCAGAAGAUAAAAUCAAUGAUCUUGAAUGGAAGAACUAUGAUCGAAUUACAAAGACACAAACCAAUCCAAUAUCAUCAGGUGAUCAGAGGACCAAGUCAGGUGAUCUUGCCUCUCCAUCAUGUGAUGAUGAUCAGAAGGCAGAAAUAUGUGAGGCUAAUCACAAUGCAGAAGUGAAAAUUACUGAUCUUGAAUGGAAGAGCUAUGAUGAAUUUAUCAAGGCACAAUCCAAUCCAAUAUCAUCAGGUGAUCAGAGGACCAAGUCAGGUGAUCUUGUCUCUCCGUCAUGUGAUCAGAAGGCAGAAAUAUGUGAGGCUGAUCACAAUGGGGAAGGAAAAAUCAAUGAUCUGGGAUGGAAGAACUAUGAUGAAGUUACCCAGACACAAUCCAAUCCAAUACCAUCAUGUGAUCAGAAAGCAGAAGAAGCUUCAGGAGACGGCAAGACUCCAACCCAAUUCCAGUCUAUAAUUGAAAAGGAUUCUGGACUCUACAGAUGCGAGUAUUGUGGAUCAGUCUAUGCUAUUCCUCUCAUCUUAUCAAGGCAUCUCAAGUACAAACAUGGGCUUAAUGGUGUUGUCUUGCCAUCGUAUGCAUCAAAGGAACGCAUUGUACAGUUUGUUGAAGGAGAAAUACAAAAAUCCAUGUGCAAAACUAAUGAUUUUACACCUGGCGAAAAGAGAAUUUUGAAAAUACGAAACAAGGAAAAUAUACUUGAAAGGAGACGUUACGUUUGUGAUCAGUGUGGUAAGUCCUUUUGUCAAUCUUAUAGUCUCACAACACAUAAACGAAUCCAUACAGGUGAAAAGCCCUAUGUAUGUGAUGAAUGUGAAAAGGCAUUUAGUAAAAAAUCUCAUCUCACAAGACACAGCCGUAUCCAUACAGGUGAGAAGCCCUAUGUAUGUAAUCUAUGUGGUAAGGCAUUUAGUCAACAAAAUGUCCUCAAAAGGCAUAAACGAGUCCAUACUGGUGAGAAGCCCUAUGAGUGUGAUCAGUGUGGUAAGGCAUUAAGUGAUAGAAGUGCACUGAAAAGACACAAACGAAUCCAUACAGGUGAGAAGCCCUAUGUAUGUGAUCAAUGUGGUAAAGCAUUUAGUCACGAAAUUCAUCUCAGAAAUCAUGAACGAAUUCAUACAGGUGAGAAACCCUAUGUAUGUGAUUCAUGUGGCAAGACGUUUAAUGAAAAAUCCCGUCUCAAAGAACACAAACGUAUCCAUACAGGUGAGAAACCCUAUGUGUGUGAUUUAUGUGGUAAGGCAUUUAGGCAGAGAAAUGGCCUCAAAAGCCAUAAACGAGUCCAUACUGGUGAGAAGCCCUAUGAGUGUGAUCAGUGUGGUAAGGCAUUAAGUGAUAGAAGUGCGUUGAAAAGACACAAACGUAUCCAUACAGGUGAGAAGCCCUAUGUAUGUGAUCAAUGUGGUAAAGCAUUUAGUCACGAAAUUCAUCUCAGAACUCAUAAACGAAUUCAUACAGGUGAGAAACCCUAUGUAUGUGAUUCAUGUGGCAAGACGUUUAAUGAAAAAUCCCGUCUCAAAGAACACAAACGUAUCCAUACAGGUGAGAAACCCUAUGUGUGUGAUUUAUGUGGUAAGGCAUUUAGGCAGAGAAAUGGCCUCAAAAGCCAUAAACGAGUCCAUACUGGUGAGAAGCCCUAUGAGUGUGAUCAGUGUGGUAAGGCAUUAAGUGAUAGAAGUGCGUUGAGAAGACACAAACAAAUCCAUACAGGUAAGAAGCCCUAUGUAUGUGAUCAAUGUGGUAAAGCAUUUAGUCACGAAAUUCGUCUCAGAAAUCAUGAACGAAUUCAUACAGGUGAGAAACCCUAUGUAUGUGAUGUAUGUGGCAAGGCAUAUAAUAUAAAAUCCCAUCUCACAAGACACAAACGUAUCCAUACAGGUGAGAAGCCCUAUGUAUGUGAUCAAUGUGGUAAAGCAUUUAGUCACGAAAUUCAUCUCAGAACUCAUAAACGAAUUCAUACAGGUGAGAAACCCUAUGUAUGUGAUUCAUGUGGCAAGACGUUUAAUGAAAAAUCCCGUCUCAAAGAACACAAACGUAUCCAUACAGGUGAGAAACCCUAUGUGUGUGAUUUAUGUGGUAAGGCAUUUAGGCAGAGAAAUGGCCUCAAAAGCCAUAAACGAGUCCAUACUGGUGAGAAGCCCUAUGAGUGUGAUCAGUGUGGUAAGGCAUUAAGUGAUAGAAGUGCGUUGAGAAGACACAAACAAAUCCAUACAGGUAACAAACCCUGUGUUUGUGAUCAAUGUGGUGAGGCAUUUAGCUGUGUAUCUACACUCAUAACACACAAACGAAUUCAUACACGUGAGAAGCCCUAUGUUUGUGAUGUAUGCGGAAAGGCAUUUAAUGGAAAAUCCCAUUUCACAAGACACCAACGGAUCCAUACAGAUGAGAAGCCCUAUGUAUGUGCUGAAUGUGGUAAGGCAUUUAGUCUAGAGAUCCGUCUCAGAAAUCAUAAACGAAUUCAUACAGGUGAGAAGCCCUAUGUAUGUAAUCAGUGUGGUAAGGCAUUAAAUGAUAGAAGCGCAUUGAUAAAACACAAACGGAUCCAUACAGGUCAGAAGCCCUAUGUAUGUAAUCUAUGUGGUAAGGCAUUUCGAUAUGAAAAUGGCCUCAAAAGCCAUAAAAGAACUCAUACAGGUGAGAAACCCUUUGUGUGUGAUCAAUGCGGUAAGGCAUUAAGUGAUAGAAGUGCAUUCAGAAGACACAUGCAGAUUCAUACAGGUGAGAAGCCCUAUGUUUGUGAUCAAUGUGGUAAGGCAUUUCGACACGAGUCUAGUCUCAAAACACAUAAACGAAUCCAUACAGGUGAGAAGCCCUAUGUAUGUGAUGAAUGUGAAAAGGCAUUUAGUCAAAAAAAUCAUCUCACAAACCAUAAACGAAUCCAUACAGGUGAGAAACCCUAUGUAUGUGAUUUUUGUGGUAAGGCAUUUUGGCAAGAAAAUGUCCUCACAAAACAUAAACGAAUCCAUACAGGUGAGAAGCCCUAUGUGUGUGAUCAAUGUGGUAAAGCAUUAAGUGAUAGAAGUGCAUUGAGAAUACACAAACAAUUACAUACAGGCUUUGUGUGUGAGAAAACUUUUGUUUGUGAUCAAUGUGGCAAGACAUUUAAUCAUGUAUCUACUCUCAUUACACAUAAAAAAAUCCAUACAGGUGAAAAGCCCUAUGUAUGUGAUCAAUGUGGUAAGGCAUUUAGUCAAGGAAUUCAUCUCAGAAAUCAUAAACGAACCCAUAUGGGUGAGAAGCCCUAAUAUGUGUGAACAAUGUGAUACGGCAUUAAGUCAAUCUUGUAGUCUCACCAUACACAAACAAACCCAUUUGCCCAAAUUCACAAAGG